AUGUCAACAACAACAACGACCACGACUACCACCGCCCUGAAUACGACUUUAAUCGGCGUCCCUACUGAUAUCACAGCUUCUGAGAAGUACUGUGCAUCUUGUGGCCACGAGGGAGUCCUGUCGCAAGGCGAAAUGGCGGCCGAAGAAGCCCAGCGGAGAAUCAAGGAGUUGGAGGCGCAGGUUCAAUUUCUGAAAUUGCAAAAUACGGGGUCGGUCGAAAAACUCGCCGAGUACGACGAAGAAGUCCGCCGUCUACGCUCCCAGACGAGCGCCUACACACCGCGAACAUCGCGAUCCUCUCGAUCAUCUGACGACAUGGAUAAAUCGCUAUCACCAACCCAACUCCCGGCGUCCAAUGGCCCCGUACAGCCACAACCGCAACAACUGCCCCAGCAGCAAAGCCGCUUUACCGCACUAACGUCGUUCUUCCCGUACGGCCGUCGACCUAGCGCUACACCUACGCCUCCGCCUCCACCAGCAUCAGCGCCUCCGCAAACCCAAUCCCACGUUAUCCCCCCGCAUCCUGGUCCCGAUCCCGAAGAAACAUUGCAACUGCAGAACGCGCUCAAUCGGGAACAGAACUUGCGCAAAGCGGCAGAGAACCAAUUAUCGCAGGCGAAUACAGAACUGGAGGAUUUGACGGCACAAUUGUUCAGCCAGGCGAAUGAAAUGGUAGCACAGGAGCGAAAGGCACGUGCACGAUUGGAGGAGAGAGUUGCGGUGUUGGAACGGAGAGAUGUUGAGAAGCGGACGCGGCUUGAUCGAUUGGAGAAGGCAAUGCAGAGGGUGGAGAGAUUGAGGGCGAUGGUCGGAUAG